AGAAAAAGAGAAAGAGAAAGAGACAGAGAAAAAGAAAAAGACAGAGAGACAAAAAAUCAGGCACUCCCGCUAAAAGUUUUGACCCCCUCCAGAUAAACUGAACCGCAUUCCUUCGGACAGCUGUGAGACACUGAAUACAGAAGAUGGAAAGAGAAAAACAGUUUGUAUUGAAAAUAAAAGAAAUCUCCCAUCAUCAAUACAAGAUCUCAGUGAGAAAUGAAUGCAGAAACAACACCACGCCGAAUGUGCUGCCUUUGUUGAUGCGAUGAGGGCAGAUCUUAUCCAGAAGGUUUCCUUAGUGGAGCCUCUGGCUGAUCGUCUGCUGCAAGAGAAUUAUAUCAGUCCAGAGACAUAUAAUAUAAUCUGCUCAGAAAAAACCACCCAAAACAAGAUGAGAGAAUUCUACAAAGCGUUAAACUCCAAAGCAAGCAGAUCUGCAUUUUAUGAAGCCCUGAUGGAAACAGAUCAUUCCCUUCUUGAAGAACUGGAGGAGUCAUUCCGUACCCAAGGUCCAGCUGCGGCUCCACAGCAAGAGGACCGUGGAACUGAAACGUAUCGUAAUGUAUGGGUGAAAAAGAACAAAAGAUAUACAGACACAUUUGAGAAACUCCUCCGUGAGCCAAAAUGGAAGGAGCCAGAAAACCUAAGAAUCCUCUUCUGCCCAGAGAGCGAAUACAAGAUCGGAAGCGGAGCCGAAGGAACCCAGGUGUAUAUCGGAAUAAGGUAUGACGGUACUGAGGUAGCUGUUAAACGAAUGCUCAAGGAUAACCAUGAAAUACUGAACGAGGAGAUGAAUGUACUGCGAGAUCUGGACCACAAGAACAUCGUCAGAUAUCUAGAUUUCACACAUGAUCAGGAUUUUCAUUACCUCUGCCUCCAACUCUGUGAGUAUAAUUUAGAAGAAUACAUGGCAACAAAAGUGGACCAGAAGAAAGUGGUAAAGGAAGUGCUUCUUGGAUUGGAAUACCUCCACGUUAAAAGGAUCAUCCACCGAGAUAUCAAACCCGCCAAUAUUUUAAUUGAUGUAGAAAAAAACGUGAGGUUGGCUGACUUUGGUAUAAGCCGCACGAUAAACCAAGGUGCGAGCUGCGUGUACACCUCGAGAGCCGGUACCCGAGGCUGGGAGGCGGCAGAGAUCCUAAACGGGGGUGGAAAGGUUGAAUACAGAACAAGCACCGACAUUCAGGUGGCUGGAAUGUUGGUGUACUACAUCAUCUCUGGUGGUUUUCAUCCUUUCGGCGAGGAUAAUACAGAAGACAAUAUUCGGAGAGGAAUUUACAGACUGGAUAAAAUUACUGAUGUAGAAGCAAAAGACCUGAUUGAGAAAAUGAUUGCACACAAGCCAGAAGACAGGCUGAGUGUCACACAGGCUGUAGAUCAUCCAUAUUUCUGGAAUGCUGACGGGAGAGAAGCAUUUCUGAGGACAAUCGGGGACGUGGAUCCUGUCCAGAAUUACACGUUUGUAGACGAAACUCUGCGUGAAACUCUGGAAAAAUACCCACAGUUUUGUGGAUGGAAAGCUAAGGUGAGACCACAUGUACUGAAAAAUUUACCAGAUAAUUUACCAGAUGAUUUACUUGGAUUGCUGCGUUUCCUGCGUAACCAAUUGGUGCAUGUAAAAGAGACUUUCGACAAGUGUAAAGAUUUGUUUCCAGAAUUCUAUGUCUCCGCAAACGAGUUGGCCAUAGAUAUGGGAUGGAAACAGCAGAGGCAGCUUGGUGACUCCAGGGACUGAAACUCACAACAUUCCGUCCAGUAGUCACCACGUCCACGUACCCCGUCCGGUGCUCGGUGUGAACACGGGUCUCUUUAUAAUCCACUUUUUAUUCUGUUCUCUUCUCUAUGGUUAUUUUCCUGACUAUAAUUUUCCGAGUCAUCACCCAGAGGCAUUCAUACGACUUACAGUAACGUUCCAGUUUGUUCAAAAUGAUGUGUAGUGUUUGUCUAAUGAACUAAUCUUUUAUUUUGUAUUUUUUUUAUCCCAUGUGUGGUUUUAAUGAUAUACUAUGAACUUUGCUGGUCGGGGUCUCAAACGCUACCUUAAAUAAAUUACAGCUUGUACACAAUUCAGGAACCAGGACAAGGGAUCACAUCACUCCGGUCUUGGAGUGCUUACUUUGGCUUCCUGUCAGAUUUCGGGUGGAUUUUAAAGUUCUUAUUACCUACAAAGCUUUGAAUGGUUUGGCUCCUCACUGCCUUACUGAGCUUUUAGCCCCUACACACCUGUUCCUGCUCUCUGCUCUUCAAUCGUCCCACAUACCUGUUUAAUAUCUAUGGGUGAUCUAUGGGCAUUUUCUUCUGUAGCUCCAAGACUCUGGAAUUCCUUUCCACUUCAGAUUAGGCAAGCAGAAUCCCUUAGUGUCUUUAAAUCCUCCCUUAAAGCUUGUUUCUGCCGGACUUUGGCCAUGUGCUUUUGUUUACGUUAUGUGUCCACGUGUCUGCCCCGCCCUUGUCCCCUUCCUCCCCGCCUCUGCCCCCUUCCUCCCCGCCUCUGCACGCCUGUCCCUCAUGUGUCUGAUAAUUAUUAGUACGCGUUGCCUUGAGCGGAAUCCUCUGUUGUCUUUUAUUGUAGUCCUGUCUUUAGUCUGUGUCCACGUUUUGUGUGUUUUCUUUUGUUAAUAAAUCCCGUUUUGUUUUA